CAAUAUAAAUGUUGACGUUCGCAUAAGUACUAGUUCAUGUCUUGUGGGUUUUAUAAGUUGUAUUGGAGUGCGGAAAAUAAUUAUUCGAAAAUUUGAAAUUUUGCUCACCAGAAAUGAGGACCUUUCUGAGUUUGGCGCUGCUUUCGGUUCUUGGUGCGAGUCUAGCUCUACCCGUAGAUCCACCAAUGGAAGAUCCUGAACUGAAUCCCCUCUUGAGAGUGUCGCAACGCAAUGGUGUUAGGGAUUCAGAUCGACGUUGGCCCAAUGCUACUGUCUACUUUAAAUUCGGGAAAGGAUUUGGGAAUGAUCGGAAGACUUUUAUAAAAGGAGCCAUGAAGUCCCUGGAAGAUGUUUCAUGCGUACGUUUUUUAGAAGCGUGCGAUGACCAGCCGUAUUUUGUCAAUAUAACGGGAAGUAGCGGCAUCUGUAAUUGUUCCAUAGGUUUCGAGAAAGGCAUUACAUCAUGUAAUAUACCGGGCACAAUAACAUCAUACUGCUAUACUCUGGGAAGAAUUCAGCAUGAAUUAUUUCAUGUACUCGGCUUUUAUCAUUUGCAGCAAAGUUACAAUCGGGACGAUUAUGUACGUAUAGUCUACGAAAAUAUUCAUCCAGGCCUCAAGAAUAGUUUUACAAAAUUCAGUAAGGAUUUAGUUGAUGAUUUUGGUGUAGAAUACGAUUACGGUAGUAUUAUGCAUUCUCCACCGAGUGCUUACGCGAAAAAUUCUAAAGAUACUAUAGUGCCAUUGCAAAAAAUACCGAAAGGUUUAAUGGGCCAACGGGAGGUUUUACAGCAAUCCGAUAUAAUUAAGUUGAAUCGGAUGUAUAACUGCGGUAUGGAUUGAAAAGCUAAGCAGAGAUUGAAAGGCUGGAAGAUGAAUAUAUCAUAUUCAUACUUAUGGACCUAACCGAUGUAACCUUUAUAAAUCGUAUUAUUUUUUCCCAAAUCACUAAACUCCUGUUUUGCAAUAAGUAAUCUUAAAUGAGAACUAUGGAAAUAAUAUUUUUAUAAAUAUUUAUAAUAAAGUUAGUAGCUCAGAAUUCCAAAA